GUCAAGUGUGCAUUUUCUUCAGCCGGGAAUUGUAAUUUUACGCGAGUUGUGCAUGGUUUAAUCUAUUUUACAAUGUAAACAAUUGUAAAACUUGAAGCAAGUAGUGAAAUAUUUAAUCUAUAUCCAACCAAGUAAAUAACUUGUGCAUUUACACAGCAUUCUGUAUCAGUUCCUCCAAAGACAUCUGGUAAUAGUGCAACAAACCCCUUUGAGGUUAGAACAUCUUCGGGGCUUAGACUUUUUUGUUGGCAUACGUUGACAAAUUUACGACUUCUGUCUCAUUGCUAUUUCAUUUGUAUUGCUGGUUUUACUUCCGUGCGAAUUGUUUGCCAGAAAACAAUGAAUGUGCCCCCGGUAGCAGCGGCAGGUGCAAUUCCGCCCCCAAUGGGCAUGCCGCCAAUGUUUAACAUACCGCCACCAGGCUUUGGAGGACCACCGCCUCCAGAGUUGGCCGCAGCAUUUGGCGGCAUACCACCUAAUACUGAGUGGACAGAACACAAGGCUCCAGAUGGACGUCCAUAUUACUACAAUAAUAAUACUAAACAAAGCUCGUGGGAAAAACCCGAGGCUCUAAUGACGCCAGCCGAGCGGUUAACACAUCAAUGCCCUUGGAAAGAGUAUCGUUCGGAUGCCGGGAAAGUGUAUUACCACAACGUAAACACAAAGGAGUCGCGUUGGGAACCUCCUCCGGAAUUUUUAGACAUGCAAGCGAAAGUUAAAGCAGAAGAAGCUGCUGCAGCCGCGAAGGCAGUUGCUGCCAUGACUUCAUCCAGUUUGGCAGGCAUGGUACCACCAGCUGCUUUGGCCAGUAUACUUCCUGCGACUCUUCCUACAGUGGUAAAUAUAGCUACGCCUGACAUUCGUUCACCUAUGACUCCAGGGAGUAACGAAAAUUCUUCAUCCGCCCUUGAUCAAGCCAUGGCAGCUACACUAGCUUCUAUAGAAAUGCCACAAGCUGGAAAGGAAGAGAAAGAAAACGCUAAGAAAGAAUCGCCAACUGAAGAACCCAAAAUCAUUUAUAAGGAUAAAAAGGAGGCGAUUGAAGCAUUCAAAGAUUUGCUGCGUGAAAAGAAUGUACCCUCAAAUUCUAACUGGGAUCAAUGCGUUAAAAUAAUAUCGAAGGAUCCACGUUACAGCUCUUUUAAAAACUUAAAUGAAAAGAAGCAAACGUUUAAUGCAUAUAAAACCCAAAAGCUGAAGGAUGAACGCGAAGAGUCACGUUUGCGCGCCAAAAAAGCCAAAGAAGACCUUGAACGUUUCCUCAUGUCCACCGAUAAAAUGAACUCUCAAAUUAAAUACUAUAAGUGCGAAGAGUUAUUCGCGACCAAUAAAAUUUGGACAAGUGUUCCAGAACAGGAUCGUCGCGAUAUUUAUGAUGACUGCAUUUUUAACUUAGCUAAGAAAGAAAGAGAGGAAGCCCGGCUGCUAAAAAAGCGUAAUAUGAAGGUCCUUGGCGAACUACUAGAAUCUAUGACAUCUAUUACGUACGAAAGUACUUGGGCGCAAGCACAAUUGAUGCUGCUGCAGAAUGCUGCUUUUAAGAAUGAUGUCAACUUACUUGGUAUGGACAAAGAGGAUGCGCUCAUUGUUUUCGAAGAACAUAUCCGUUCAUUGGAAAAAGAAGAAGAAGAGGAGCGAGAACGUGAAAAGAAACGUCUCAAACGGCAGCAACGCAAAAAUCGUGACGCAUUCUUGUCCUUGCUCGACGCACAACAUGAAGCUGGAAAGCUUACCUCCAUGUCCUUAUGGGUAGAACUCUAUCCAAUAAUUUCAGCGGACUUGCGUUUUUCAGCAAUGCUCGGCCAAACUGGAUCAACACCACUCGAUUUAUUUAAGUUUUAUGUGGAGGACUUAAAGGCGCGCUACCAUGACGAAAAGAAAAUUAUACGUGAAAUUCUAAAGGAAAAACUGUAUGUGGUGCAGGCAAAUACCUCAUUUGAGGAAUUCGCCACAGUUGUUUGCGAAGACAAACGGUCGGCAAAUUUGGACGCUGGAAAUGUCAAAUUGACUUAUAAUGCUUUGCUGGAAAAGGCAGAGGCUGUGGAAAAGGAAAGAAUAAAAGAAGAUGCGCGUCGUUUACGAAAAAUAGAAAAUGAAAUUAAGGCUGAAUGGCAAGAGGCAAACAUUUCGGUACAAGAAACAUUUGAAGCUGCAAAGAAGUUGGUGGAGCAUUUAGAAUCAUUCGCCAUAUACGAAAAAGAAAUAGGCGUAAAAAAAAUCUGGGAAGACUAUAUUAAAGAAAGUGAAGAUGCAUGUAGUCAUCACCAUUCGCGUUCACGAAAAUCAAAGAAGAAUAAAAAGCACAAGAAACGGGCGCGUUCCAGCUCAAAAUCGGAUUUAGAAAAUGAUCAGGAGGAAUUUGAGGGUGGAAAGUUAAAGAAAAGGAAAUCGCAUUCACGUUCGCGUUCGGUUAGUUCUAGCCUCAGCAUGGAAAGUGAGCGUGUAUCAAAGAAAAAGAAGAGGAGAAAGAACAAAAAGUCGUCUCGAGCCUCCUCCUGCGAAUCGGAACGUCCUAUUUCUUCGCCGAUUGCUUCACCUUCAGCAUCUCAAGUGGAAGACAUUACUGCUACCCGAAAAAAGAAACGUGACAAGAAAAGCAAAAAGGAAAAGAAACAUCAUCGUUCCAUAACACCUAUAAGUGCAAACGGUAGUAAUCCUUCGGAUAUUGAAAACUCAGGCAGAAGUUCACGAAACGCUGAAGAGCAAGCCCUUAGCGAAACUGAGCUCGAGACUAAACGUGCCGCUCUACUAGCACAGUUAAACGAACAAAUGGAGGAUUGACCAGCGGAGAACACAACGUUAGGCAAAAAGUCAACUAGGCCAAUAACUAGCAAUCGCAGCAGCAAUUAACUACGCCAAGCCUAUAAACCGAUGUACAGUAAUUACAGGCAUCAGCAAGCCUACUCCCUUAUUAUAGUACAUUUUCAAGAAGACAUUUUCGUAGCUGCGAAUUUUUUAAGAAUAAUAUUAUUAAUAAUAAUUGUAUGUACUAUAUGAAUUGCACAUGUAUACUGCCAAUGGCAUCAUAACUUUUGGCAAAUAGCAACUGGUAAUUGAGCACUCGUAUGAUUAAAAAUAAAUAUUAAAUUAAAAUAAUUAAA